CAUUGUUGAGCGGAAAGAUGGCAGAUUCCUCGUUCCUGUACCUGUGGCUGCUGAGUGGCGUUGUAUCCGUGGCGGGGCCGCUAUGUUCAGGACGGACAGGUAAGUUAUCGCUUACAUCCAUUCAAAAUGUGGAGUUUUGCGGUUCUGCGAGCACCUUGGCUGGGGCCGCUGAAAUCACCAUGGACAUUAUCAAGGGUGGUAGCUCAGAAGUCGUGAGCACCAUUGAAGUCGGACAGUCCAUACAGGUGCGCCUAACCCUGCUUAAGAAUACAGCCCACCAGGGAUUGCGAGUGACAAAAUGCGCGGCGCAUGAAUCUGUAAAAAAAUUCCGAACAGUGACGCUGACUGCUGACAAUGGGUGCGGGCUUGACGGCCUUGUCCCGUCUGACGCAGGUUUCAUCGCCGUGCCGUCAACCAGCGAGCGCUUUAUAACGCUAUCGCCGCCAUUUCAGAGCUUCAAGUUCUCCGGCUCUGACAACGUUUAUUUCGAAUGUCGCUACCUGACGUGUGCCAGCAGCAGGCCUGGUAAUGCAUGUGAAUUGCCCCAUUGCCAGACAACAGAAGAUACCGAACCAUCCAUUACCCCUAGUCGUCAACCAAAGGGAAGGGAUUCCGGACGGACCAUAGACCAUAGGAAACAAAGCCAUGUUUCAAAAGCAAAAGGUUCCGAGCGAUCUGUCGACCAUGCCGAACUGAUGUCAAAAAAGACGAGGAAGGUUCAAGCAAAGUGUGCGUUAACAACUUUGAAGCCACCGAAUGUUGUCUUCGGUUUGCCCUCGUCACCUAGACACAACGCAAGGUCCAUUGACUGGAUCUCAGCCUUUGCAGAUCAAUUCGUUGCCCUGGCGACGACCCAGGGGCCCAACACCACUGGUAAGUUAUUCUUUUGA